AUGAAUGUUAAUGGUUGGCGAAUACUUCUGAUUGUGGUUGUCUUACAAAGUUUGAUUAUUUUGCUUGCUAAAGCUGGCCAAGGUCAGACUGGUUCAUGUUUUUCAUCGUCUUUCUCAAGAGCAAUUGGCUACAUCCUUCGCGGAUUUACGAUUGGGGAAAUGAAAGUAUCUACUGUGAUAGAAUGUAAGAGAAGAUGUGUUAUCGGUGCCAAUUGUUUAUCAUUGAAUAUAUUAACUAACGCUGACGGAAGUUUCGUGUGUCAGCUGAAUAGCGAGCGCAAGGAAAGUGGUGUCAAGGAACAGUUUGUAUCACACGGAGCGGGAGAGUAUUAUGGAUUAAAGGUAUCGGCAAUCCUCUAUUAUAGACCGUCCCUCUAAUAAGCCCCUUCUCUAAUACUCCUUUCACAUUCUCCUCUAUAAUAAGCCUUCGUCUCUAUAAUAUGCCCUCUCUCACAACCUUCAUAAGCCCAUCUAUCAUAUGCUCCCUCACUCAUAAGCCCCCUCUCUAAUACACACACCUACUUCAUAAGGUCCCUCUCUAAUAAGCCUCCCCCGCCCCCUCUAAUGACCUUCGUCUCUCAUAAGCAUUCUUCUCGUUAUAUGUAAACAACGAGUUUGAGUGUUUCAUCAGGGGAUCCAAACACGAGAAAACUGUAUGAAACACGAGCGCGAAGCGCGAGUGUUUUAUUGUUUUCGAGUGUUUGGUCCCCUGAUGAAACACGAGAAACGAGUUGUUUACACAACAUCUCAAACGAAAACAUUUCAUUGGCUUAUAUAUAUUAUUAUAGUAUAUUGUUGUGUUUUGACUUGAAUUUGUAAUUAGGAUCUCAGUUAUUAGAUGAAAACCGUUUUUCAUCUAACAACAGUGAUGGUAUAUGAUUUUUAGCGUGUUUCCUUGCGGUAUCCAACCUCAAUCAUGUGACGAAUUAGGGUGAGUUCAUUCGCUAAUUUACUCAUGAAUUAUUAAUGAGUUUGAGAUUAAUAAGUCGGCACUGUAACAAACCCCCAUCUCCAGAACACCACCGUCUCAUAAGCGUCUUUGUCAUAGCCUUCCGUCUCUUCGACAUUUUCAAAAUGCAGUGAUCAGAGUCAAGGAAUUUAUUUUAUGUGAACUAUUGUUUUCGUUGGAUAACUCACAUCGUGCAAACAUGAUUCUGGAUUGUUUAGGAAAAGAAACUUUGCGAAGACAAUGGGAAAUCAUGUGACAGUGGUAAGAUAUAGCUAUGCAAUUUUAAUUUUUAUUUAACAUGCCACUGUACCAGAAACAGACAUGAAUGGAAAAAGUGGGAUCUCAAGAUCCUAAAGAACAUUUGCCUUAGCAAGACGAUUGAGUAGCAUUUUCAAUUUUUCACACAUACGUUAUAGUGAAUCUUAGUUGAAGAAUCAUUAUAUCGUAUCCUUCAUUAUCUGUAAUUUGAGAUUGCGUGUUCUUCAGUGUCCAAAAAUGGCACAAUGUACGGUCUAUAGUCUGCGCGCAGGCUAUGUCAGGUCACGUUUUCCAUUGUUUUUACGAACUUGUGAGGAACAUUUAAAAAAGGCAAACUCAGGAUCGAUCUGAGGAAUAUUAAACACUAAUUCUCCAGAUCAGAAAUGGUCUUGCAAAGCUUCAAUACCAGAUAUAACUGGAACGGUACCUUCAGAUAAAUUUCCAAUCUGUUUCUUGAAUUGCCUAUCUGUUUCUCUAGACACGUGUGUCUGAAGGUAAGAUCAGGCGUAUUUAUAUCAUGAUUGACUGAUUGAACGCUCUUCACAGGAGUGAAAAAACUGGGACUGGCCUUCAAGUUUGGCUUCAAAUUUCCGCUUGGAGGUAGCGUUCCAGUGAUAUUCAUUUCAAUGUUGCAAAGUUCAGAUUAGUAAUCAGGGACGCCGGAACUUGGGGAGGCAGGUGUCCCUCUUGCCCUUUGCCACAAGGGGCAAGUUUUAUGAAAAUAUUUGUUAUAUUUCAAAGAAUUCAUUAUCAUUGCUAUUUAAUUAAAAGUAUAAAUAUUGUUGCAAGACCAUAGAAAUUACAGAGGCAAUGGCUUAAUUUGAUAUAUGAUCAUAUACAACAUGCAUGUUCAACGCAAUUUUGCUGCAUGACGAAACUGUUGGAAAUAAUGCACGAAAGGUUUUAUUCCAACCAGACAUUUUUGCGAAGAGUUCUGGAGAAUGAAAUAUUGGUUAAGGACCAAGCUUGAUGGUGUGCUUUAUAUAGUCCAUAAAUAUACAGGGACACAGCGAGGAGGGGGAGGGUGUGUGUGGGGAUUGUAAUUUCCCAACUUUGAAGGAGGAGUCAGUUAAAUCAGCUAAAAAUCAACGUAAGAUGUUGACAUUUUCAGUUCAAAUUGUAAAGUAAAGUCAUUAUGUAAAGCGAUAACUACACACGUACAAUCAAAACAAAAUAACUUGAUUUCUUUGCGAACCUCCAUAUUAGCUGAAAUUAGGCGUAAAAUGCAGUAACUUUGGAAACAAUUCAUUGGCUAAUUCUCUCACAAAAUAUUUUCUACCAACUUAAAGAUAUUAUUGUGAUGAAAAUGAAUUCGUAAGGUAUAUUUUCAAAAAUUAAAGUUCCAAAUUUAUGUAAAAUCUUUUGACACCCCACACCCAAACGCUUCGGAACCUUCCUGAAUGUACAUCAAUUAAAAAGUGACCCUGUACGAAAAUCUGUUCCCGACUCCCCCCAUGCCUUUCAUUUUUUCAGCGUCCAGCAACGUCAACUUAUUUUAUAAAAUAACAUGUAUAUAACGCGUGCUCUGAUUGGUCGAAACCCGUCUUUGGAUCAGGCCGUCCAAACACGGAAAUUUAAAGUGAAAGUUUUUUAAAGUGGAAUUUUAACACGGAAAGUUGUUAUUUUAUAAAACAAUUACUUUAUUGGUUUCCGUAUUUGGAUGGCCUGAUCCAAACACUUGGGAAUGUUGCUCGAGUUAAGAAAAGCGCGCAUCCAAACACGGAAACCAUAAAGUAAUUAGUAUAUUGAAAGCUAACUAUAUUUUGUAUUUGUUUAUCAAGGCAUUUGGUUAUUGUGCGUGCUUUCUUCUUUAUAGCCACCCCAUGGCAUGCGUUUAACCAAAGUUACUUUAAACUUGUUGAUUCGCCAGUCAAUUUUCACGAUGCAAUGAAAUUCUGUCGCGCCGAAAAAGGUGACCUGGCCUCUAUUUCCAGUAAAGAAGAACGAACAUAUUUAUAUAAAACGUUCUCGGAAAACAGUAAGACCAAAUUUCAUUUAUUACUUUUGUGGUUUGCCCGAUGUGUGGAGGGGGGGUUGCAGGAAGGGAGGAGGUCCCUUGGGCCCUUGCCAAGAAAGCCAGGGGGAGUUAAAAGUCCGGGCUUUUAAUACGGUCCAUGCGGAAGCUGGAUUGGCCGGUAGUGAGACUUCUCGGUAAGCGUGUCGUGUUUCUUAUGUUAAAUAGCAACAAAAACAAUGGCUUCUCGCUCUGUUAGUCAGGCAGAUAGAGGAUCAAAAUUAUGGAAAACUUAUCAUAUCGUGGGACAAUUCCAUUUUGCCUUCAUAUUGUGCCCUGAGGGCUAGUAUAAGUACGUUUCUACAUGUUGGCGGCGUUAAAAUUUCUUGUGGGCUCCUGCCGACACGUUUUUUCUUCGAAUUUUAUAUUAACCUCUAUUAUACAGUUAAAAAAUGUGAAAUUUCUGAUAUAUUUCUAAUACGAAUGACUUGCAUCAAUAGAAAGGUAACAAAAAACUACAUAUAAGACAUUUAAAUGUUUAGUUGGGAUUUUCAAGCGGUUUUCGAGUUAUUGCUGUUUCAAAGGUGAAAAAUAAGCCAAAAUCUCGCACAAUUCCUGGGUACUAGUCUGAAGACACGCAUUCAGCAGCUCAUAACUCAAGAAGAACUUGACAAACCCUGGUAAUCGUUUAAACGUCUUAUAUGUAGUUUUUUGCAAGCUUUCAAACGAUGUAGCCUAAGUCAUUUGUGUUAGAAAUGCAAUUGAAAUUUCACAUUUUUUAACUGUAAUCGAGUUAGCUACAUAGGCGAAGACAUGGAGAUACACGAGGUUCAAGAACUUGAUAAGUUCACAAUUAACUAUAACGAACAAAUUUUGCCCUCUAUAUGACUAACAAGUAAUCGCAUAAUUCCUCGUAAAAUUAAGGCUUAAUUCAAGUUAUUCAACUUGUGGCCUCAAAGUUUCACAAAUUUGUUUCACAAUUUGUAAAACUUUGCCGUGAAAUUAAACCUUAAUUUUACUUGAAACCAUGCGAUUACCUAUAUCGUAACAAUUACUGCAAACUGCGAGAUCUUGCUUGGCAAUGCUUGCCGGGAUGCUUCGUAAUCUAUGCUAUUGUGGCUUCCAUAUAAACAUCCCAUAAAAUCAUAUUUUAACAAAAUACAAAACAAGUGUAACUCCAAAGAUCUAUAACAUUUUUAUAUUUAUCAACGUUUCGACUAUACUUUCAGUCAUCAUCAGUUAACUAGUUACUAGGUACGUUUAUCCUGAUGCAUGAUGACUGCAAUAUAUAGCCGAAACGUUGUUUUUGUUUGUGGAAACACCACGUAAUUUUAUUACCGCAAUGCUGACGAUCCGUAAGCCCGGAUCUUCAUCAGUGCUAAUAAUAUGCGACUUGUUUAAUACACACGCCCUUUUUAUAUACAAAAGAGUCGUGAUCUGUUGGCUCACGUCAUUUGAAAUUCAAUUAAACGGCACAUCAACCACAUCAUUUCAAAUUUAGUGAAGCCCACUCCAGCUUUUAUAGUUUAUGCCUGCAGGGGAUGAUGGGAAGUAAGGUAUCAUAGUGCUGAUUAUGCUGAAAAAUUUCAAUAAAAACUGAAACAACCGAAAUAUUUCAAUAUUUACAAGUAUAAGCUAUCACUCUGUGUUUACACAGCCACAAUUUCAGCAUAAUUUUUCAGCAUAAUCAACAACCUGAUACCUUACUUCCCAUCGUCCCCUGUACGCAUAAACUAAAAGCUGGAAUUGCCUAUUAACGCGCGCGCAUGCAUCGCAUCAUUUUUUAUCAUCAUCAUCAUCGCAUCAUUUUUAUCGCCAUGCAAACAUACAAAGAACUUAAAUAUGAAAAUGCUAUUGAUCUCUGGAGUUACACUUGUUUGCUAUUUUGUUAAAAUACUCAGUGGUUCUAAAAAUCUUAUUUAGUGAUUGUGUUGUAUUGAGAAUGAUGCAUGAUGUUACUCUGAGUGUAUCACACAUGGAAGCCAAAAAGUUUGCUUGACCACAGUAUAGGAAUCGAACGUGAGACCUUUGGUUUGCUAGUCCAAUGCAGUAGGUGAUAUUACCCGAAAGCAUACACCACAAUUGCUACAGUCCCCCCCGUCGUGGAAGCUAGCCCACCCCUCCCCCGUCGGGGAAAAAUUAGGAUUUUGUCCGGGAAGAGAAUAUGUUUUGCAAGCAGUGUGUUUUGCAACGGUGUUAAACCAACGCUUGGAUAGGAAGGUGAAAAACAAAAAUAGAUGAGGGGCAAUUGAUUCAAACAUCGAUUCAUUCGCCGCUACACUCAAGUGCCAAACCUAAUCAAUUUUUGGAAAUUUGUUAGUGUUAGAUUAGCCGUAUUGUAAUAUUUUAAAACUAGACUUAUUCGCUCGUGACAUAGAAAUCUUAUAUACACUAGAUAGUGCACCUAAUUAUUCAGAUUCUGCAAUUCAAAAAUUGAAGCCGUGAUUCCAGACUCAGCUAGGAUAUUCCCAUGAAAUGAGAGGACUCGUUUGUUUUCUAUUUCUUAAACAGGGAACUUAAACAUUAAGUUAAACCUAUUCCAAAUACAUUUUCAAACUAUUCAAAUGAUGAAAGUUAUUGUUGUUUUUUUUAAGCGUUUAUUAGCGAGUGGGAACUACCAACAUGGCCGCCAUCUAUUCAAAUGGGGGUAACCGCUGGAAUAUUCUUGGCUUCAAUUUUACUAUAAAAGGAGAUGCACUAUCUAGUGUAUACAUAUAAUAUAUCUAUAAUACACUCGCCUGCGGCUCGAGUAUUUUUACGCUUUCCGAAAGUCUCGCGACAUCCCUCGUGCAUGGAUCACGCAAUCCUGCACAGAAAACCAUUCGGUAUUCCUUUAAUCAUGUUUAAUUCACUUAUUAACCAAUAGCGACGCCAUCUUGAAUCAUGAUGCAUUAUGGGUUAUCCAGGGUAAAUAUCCGAAUUCAAAAGCCUUUAAUGUCGUAUUGAGGCACAAUACGAUAAUUUUUCUUGAGGCCAAUGAGGCAGUGUAAAUCAAUUUUAUGCGCACUUUGUUGAAAUUAUUUCCCUUUUUAGGCCUAACAAAGAUUUAAACUAUAGAUUUUAUCCUGAUUUUUUAAUUUUUCCCAGCUUUUGUGUGUUUUCCUAGUUCUUCUAAAAAUUGUCUGUUAUUUUCAACUAUAAAAACGUGUGUUUUCGCCUACAUAUUUGAUUUACAGCUAGCCCUUCGAAAACGUUCAAUUACCCUGGAUCACCCAUAGUGCAUUGCGUUAAACGCGAUAUUCAAGAUGGCGUCGUUAUUGGUGAAUUAAGUCGCAUUAUUUCUGUCUGUUUUUAAAUGCAACCACAUGCAGUCUCUCGUAAAUGCAGGAGAAAUAAUACUUAAGUAUAAUAGACACGAGCAACAUUUGAAAUUCUUCAAAGAAGUACGUGGAAUAGCUCCAUUUUGGGACCUGAUCGCUUCAGCCAGGGCUGUGAUUUCACCCCGUUUUGAACUGAAAUUUUAUAACUCAUGUAAUCGUGAAACAAUUUCAGCGGGCUGAAAACUCUCCAUAAAUAAAAUCCGCCCCUAACCUAAAUUUGUUUCACUCUUGUUGCUACUGCAUCUACUAUCUUUUCAACGAAUGCCCGUUACCAAGGACAUUUUGUUUGUGUUUUAGCCGGUUCGCUUAAAUGGGUUGGCAUGAAUGACAUUGCUGAAGAAGGAGUGUUUGUUUGGACUGACGGAUCACCUUUUAGUGUUGGUAAUACCAGACUAUUUGCACCUGGCGAACCUGACGAUGCUUGGAAAGCGAGUGAAGAAGAUUGCAUUUUCUUGUCAAACGGUUCCGAUGGUUUGGGAGACAUAAAAUGUGUACAAAAACUUCCCUAUAUUUGCGAAACAAACUACAGUUUACUAUUUGCAUGACGGCACAUUUAUAUUCUAUAAUGUACAGC